UUUCAUCAGUUGUAUGGCGAUGUUCGAACGAGCUGUGAUGACUGCCUUAACUUUAUUUAUUCUGCUAGCUAUUUUCUCUAUUGAAAGUGACGGAAUUUUUCUAUCCAAUCUCGAUGCGACCUGUUUCCGGUGCAUUUGCGAACCAUCGACGGGAUGCAGCCCCCAGCUGAAAUGUAACCGGGGAUACUGUGGACCAUUUUCCAUUUCCCGGGCAUAUUGGAUCGAUUCCGGGAAAGUUGUCAAGGAGCGGGAUGAUGCGGAUCGUUGGGGUGCUUAUGAGGAUUGUGCCAAUGAGUACGAAUGUGCAACUGCGAUCAUCACACAGUAUAUGGAAAAGUACGGCAAGGAUUGUAACAACGAUGGGCUUGUAGAUUGUGUGGAUUAUGCGAUGCUGCACAUCAACGGAGGUCCCACUUGUCACACCCCGUUAAAUGCUGAUUUUAGGAGAAAAUUUGGACGAUGCUUACAACAGGGUCAACGGGAGCCGUUAUCACAAAGAAGCAGGACGUAAUUUUAACAUUGAAUAAGCAGAAAAAUAAAGUGUUUUUUUUUGUAUUAA